AUGGUGCCGUGCCCGCAGUCUCAACACGUACGCGCUCGUCUUCACAACGGCCGAACCGCGUUCUCGAUGACCACCCGAGACUUCCGAGUCGAGACAUCAAAGCCGAGGGCCCAACGCACGAGCGCGGCCUCGACUUCUUCUUUGGACAUGUGUUUAGCGUUUUCGGGAGGGUUGUUUAAGGAAGUCUCCCUCUUCUUACAUCAUCAUCACUCGACAGGUGGACUAAAUAUGAUUAAUUUCCCUCCGCUCGUCAAUCGUUCUGUAAAGCCACAAAUGGUGUCGUGGGGAGUGACGUUUGCUCCGCUCUCCAAGGUGUGGAAAGUGAUUCUAUUCUUUCCGCCCGAUGGGUAUGAAAACAAAGAUAAGGACGAGUUUCAUAUAAUAACCGUCGGAGUAAAUGACGAGACGUGGAGAGUCGUGGAGUUUGAAGCUAAAAUCACUAUGAAUCUGAUCAUAAGGUACCCACAGAUAAUCCACCGGGCAAGGCCUCCCCUCGUCGAGCCUUACCCACGGCUUCCCUUUCCCGCUCCAAUGCAGCAAACUGACCCGACCCGGAUGCAAGCUUCGGCAGCUAUUCACUACAUUAUCCCCACCUAG